AAAUUAACAGCUGCUUUGCAAAUAUCAAAACUUUUGUUGUAUAGCGAGAAGUACGCGAAAUUCUUUUGUAAAAUUUAAACAAAUGAUAAAAUAACCCAAAGAAAUUAUGGAACCAGCUGAGGCAACAAAGCCGGCUGAGGUGGAGAGUCCGGCCAAGGUGGAAAACGGCGAUUCCAGCCGGGAUUUGGGCCAUGUUGAGGAGAAAACAAGUGAAGACGUGGAACAGAAAACGGAUUUUAUUGAACAGCAGCUGGAAGAAAGCGAUUCACAAAGUGAGCCUUCUGGAGGCCAAUUAGCGGACCAUGAUGAGGCCAAAAUGGAGCAGGAUCUCAAGGAAGCCGUGCUCGAGCAAAUGCCAAUUGAAGAGGAAGGACUCAGCUUGCGUUACAAGGAUCUGCAGGCCCAGGAAAUUGAGGAGGAACUGCAGCAGAAUAUUUCGAAACCCCUGCAAAACGACAUCCUGUCCCAUGUCCAUUGUCUGGCCCAGUUGGAGGAGCAGCGGCGCAACUACGAACAGCAGUUGGAGCAACUGCGCACCUCCAACAUGCAAAAGGACAACAUGAUCACACUCAUCCAGCGGGAGAACGCCAUUCUCGGCAAGGAGAAACAGGCCUGCCGCAAGGAAAUGGACACGGCCAACAGGGAGAAGGAGGCCACCGUCAUCAAGUUUGCCAUGAAGGAGAAGCUACUCAUAGACGCCAAGAAGGAGAAGGAGGCGGUGGAGAAGCAGCUGGCCGAGGCCAAGAAGGAGGUCAAGAAUGUGUCCACCAGAUUCCUGGCUGUGAGCGAGGAGAAGUCCCGCAUGACGUACAUCAUCGAUGACAAGUGCAACGAAGUCAGGAAGUAUCAGCGGGAGUGCGAAAAGUACAAAACGGAACUGGGUCACUUGGAGUCCAAGCUGAAGUAUCACAUUAACAAACUCAACAUCGAAACAGAAGCCAAGGCGGUUGUAGAACGCAAACUGGAAGAAGAGAAGAAUGCACCCAAUAAGAUGGAAGAAAAGGCCAAUGAAAAGCUAAAAGUGGAAUUUGAAGCCAACACAAUACUCUUGAAACACGAGAUUACCAGCAAGACUGAGGCUCUGGAUAAAGUCACCAAAGAGCAGCUAAAACUAAGCGAAGCCAACAAGGAAUUGCAACAUCAACUUCAGGAGAUUACCGCAGAGCACAACCAGCUUACAGAGGAAUUUAAUCGUUUAAGAGAUCUGCAUAAUUCCGUAGAAGCUUCCUACAGCAAUGAGCUACUUAACUCUGCAAAACUCAGGGGACAACUAGAAGAACUCCAGCUUCUACGUACCCAAAACACCAUAAACGAAGAAAAGCUGUCGGAGGAACAACAGCGAGUCCAACAACUGGAGGCCUUGGCCCAAGACAACGAAUCGGACCUGAAGCAACUGAAAGUUAAAAAACAGGAGCUGCUUACUAUAAACAAGGAGAUGAGUGAGCUUAUUGUGCAACUGCAGAAUGACAUUUGUUUGGCGGAGGCCAAGGCCCAAGGACUCGAUGCUGAAAACAAGUUACUGAAGCAGGAGAAGCUUUCCUACGAUUCCAAGUACAAUCAACUGGAGCAGCAGCUUAGUUUAGAGGCGUCCGAGAAGAGCGAGGAGCGACUGCUGUUGGCCAAGCAUUUAUCUGAAAAGACCAAGCUGUACGAGCUGACCAAGCAGAAGCUGGAGGAUGUCCAAGGAGACUACGAGGCCACCCAGCACAAGCAUGCCACCGUGCUGAAAGAGCUUCAUCGGGAGCUGAACAAGUACAAAAGGGGAGUUACGGAAUCUAAGACUCCCAUCAGCUACUGCAGCAAUUGCCAGCAGGCAAUCAAUGGCUACCCCGCGGAAAAUCCUCCACAGCGUAGUCACAGUCGUUCCAGUAGCCACGGCAGCCUGCACAGCGGCAGUCGGCGGGCCAGCGAGUCCUCCGAAUCGGAAACGGUGGCCAGUAGUGCCACAACUGUGCAACAGCCGCCACCGCAGCAAGACCUUCAAGCGGUACCGUCCAAAAAAGUACUCGUGGAGCGGAUUCUGCGUCUCCAGCAGGCCACGGCCCGCCAAACGGAGCGCAUCGAGUUCCUGGAAAAUCACACGGCCGCUCUGGUGUCCGAGGUGCAGAAGAAAUCCAAGGUGGUGCAGCACUACAUGCUCAGGGAUCAGACCGCGGGCGCACUGACCACGUCUCGCAGCGAUCAAAACAAAAGCGAGCUGGUCAAGUACGGAAAUGGCAUCAUGGCGGCGAUCUAUGGCGGAUCCUCGAAGGCGGGCGGCGAAAGCAAGGCCAUGUCCUUGGAACUCUCCUUGGAGAUCAACAAGAAGUUACAAACUGUGCUGGAGGACACGCUGCUGAAGAAUAUCACGCUGAAGGAAAACCUCGAUGUGUUGGGUAUCGAAGUGGACAAUCUCACGAGGAAACUACGCUCCCUGGAGAUGGGUAGCAAGUAAGAGCCAGUCUUCUUAAAAUCUGUAUUCCAUUCCAUAGUAACCCUUGUAUAAAUAGUGUACAAAUCGUAUGUUCUUAUGU